GUAAAUGUGUAAUAUAUAGAGGCUAUUUGCCAACAUGGCCGCGCCCAUCAUUUCUGUUUUUGACACAGAUGCCGAAGUAGCAGAAAGACUGUGUUCAUUUGUUAUUGAGAAAGCAAACGCAGCAAUCGCUAUUCAUGGAAUUUUUACAGUCGGUUUAUCAGGUGGCAGUCUGGUGAAAUACCUCUGCGAUGGGCUGCCUGGGAAGGCUACAGACUGGUCCAAGUGGAGGAUAUUCUUCUGCGAUGAGCGCUAUGUACCGUAUGACAGCACAGACUGCACAUACACACCUUACAAAAAGGGACUGGUCGACAAAGUGGGCAUGAGCUCAGACAAUAUAUUUCCAAUUGAUCCAAAUCUCUCAGUCUCAGAGUGCGCCCGUGACUAUGCAGAGAAGAUCAGGCAUGUGUUUCCUGGCCUCGGCUUGCCACGGUUUGACAUGCUGCUGCUGGGCAUGGGACCGGAUGGGCACACCUGCUCACUCUUCCCGGGUCAUCCGCUUCUACAGGAGAGGGAACAGAUAAUUGCACCAAUCACAGACAGUCCAAAGCCUCCCCCUUGCAGGGUCACCAUGACCUUGCCAGUUGUGAACAAUUGCAGGUGUGCUGUGUUCGCAUCAUGUGGAGUGGCCAAGGCAGACAUGGUGCAGCGAGUAUUAGAAGGCUCUGGUGACCCCCCCUUGCCCGCCGCCCUUGUUCGGCCCACAGACGGGGAACUGCACUGGUUCCUGGACAAAGGGGCCGCUACUAACCUCAAACAAAAACUGUGAUACACUGUGUUGACCCAAGCAUCAUCAAUUUAUUAAUGAGCCGCGAUCUGUAAAAGCAGGACUUAAUGCAUCUCUUUAAUGUGGCGUGCCAGAUAAGUCAGUGCAGGAUGAACAGUCUAAUCUGGGACGACACUGUACUCACAUGCAUUAAGCCCUGUUUUCCCAGAACAAGGCUUAUAUACAUUGGUUGACUUUUAUUCAUGAAACUGUUUUAUAUUAUUGUACAAGACAAUAUUUAUACAUGGAUGUAAUAUGUUAUGAUAGUGCUAUUUUUAUUUACACUAAGUACUGAUCAACCGCUUAAGAUUGCCCACUUGUGCCCAGGAAGAGGUUGAAUAGAUUACCUGUCAACUGUUAUUUGACCAAAACUAGGGAUGGCAUCGAAUACCAAUAUCGGUAUUCGAAUGUUCGCAAAUUCAUUCAAUCGAAUAUUCAAAUAUUCGCAUAAAACGGCUGGAUUGAUUUUUCCUUGUUAUGUGUUAAUUUCCAUUGGUUUGUAAGUUAUAUCCGUUUGCUAAAUACGAGGCUGUUUAUUAACGUUGCUAUCAAAUAAUUGUAUCGCUGUUGACUAAUACUAUGACCGAUACUGUGAUCGGGCACAAAUAGAAUGAAAAACAUCGUGUCAUAGAAUAUUUUUUUAAUGAUUCCACAGAUUUGUAGCAGACCGCGCAUAUGUAAAACUAAGUUUACACACAUUACACGGUGUGGUCUUCUUAUCCACAGACCGUGUUAAGUAUUCCAUACUGCAGAAAGGGCUGGUGGCAUUUUCAGAUUUGAAUUAUGAUUCCUUGAUGAUUGUUUAAUUUAUAUCAUCUGUUACUUUUGAGUAAUUCACAUAUUUAAAUGUCUGUUCAAACUGUGAUCACAAAAACUAAAUUAUUAUUCGCCAGUAAAUUGAAGCCCUUAAUUGGUACCUAAUUGACAAACAACAGGUCGGGCCCUUUCUUAUAGUAAGUAUAUUGCAUUGCGAGAUUUCGUUUGAGUAAUUCACACAUUUUAAUACUGUGAUCACAAAACUUAAUUAUUAUUCUCCAGUCAAUUGAAACCGUUAAUUGGCACCCCAUUGGCAAACAACAGUCGGGGCCUUUCUUAGAGCGUGUAUAUUGCAUUGCGCAAUCAACACUGAUACGGGUCGCGUUAUCAGUUUGACACGAAGAACGUCACGUCAAACAUGUUACUCCCAGGUGAUUUCGGUUGCUUUUUAGUAAGCGGUUCGCAGGUCAUUAAAUAUUGGUGAAAUUACGUUUGGAAAAAAAUGCGAAUAUCAUUUUUAUUAUUCGAAUGCUGACCAUUCAAUCGAAUAUUCGAAUAAUUUUGCCAUCCCUAACCAAAACGCUGUUGAAGGCAGCAAGAAAAAAAAUCUUAAAGUUGAUUUUGUUUUUCAAACUUGAUUGCAAUUCUUUUUUUUCAUAGGCAAUUGUAGCAUAAAAAGCUGUAUUUAUUAUUCAACUUACAGAAGAGUGUUAGGCCAAACACUUUAUUUUAUUUUGAUUUUGUUUCAUUCGCUUUUACAUCAUGUCUUCCGUAGUCUAGUAAUUUCUAUGCAUAUUUACCAGUAUAUUUGCAGCUUAUAGUCAGAAAACUUGUUCAGAGUAACCAGUGUUUAGAGACCAUGGAUGUUUUUUUUUAAAAGCAGUUUUCUUAAUGGAAGUAACUUGGGUGUUCGUCGUCAGAUUGGAUACAUUAACUACAAGUUGCUUGUUCUUCUUGUAUUCGUAGUUCACAAUGCCGGGAGUAAUGUCUAUAUAAUCUGGAAGUACACUAUCUUCAGUCUCAUGAAUGAUUGCUGCUGUCUGUCCAUAUUCUAACUCUUUGUCUGUUUCUCUUAUAAUGUCUCUUGAUUCAUUUGGACCUAGUAUUAUUCUAGAUGUUGCUACAGAUCUCGCUAUGGCAAUCUUAUUCUUGUUUCUCUUAAGAUCUUUCUCUCUUUAAGUAAUACUUCUAAAUGCUAAAAACCAAGUAGUGUGUAAAUCUGCUUUCUGUAUGAAUUGUGGACCAAAGUUCUGUUGGCAUUCUUCAAGUAAUUCUGAUAGGACGUUGGUACCAAUGAUGACUAGAGUUCUGGAAGAGUAAUUUGUAUCUGGCGUAAUUAAAAAUAAACAAUGUAGUGGUAAUGAUUUUGGUAGUCCCUGUGUAAUUCUGUUUCUAUGUAACCUAAAUAUGGAAGUUGCUGUCCAUCAGCAUAUUCUAUUCUCAGGUUGACAAUAUCUUGUAAUGGUUUAAGUGGAGAUGUUUUAGCUAGGUUUUCUUUCCAAUAAGAUUCUGAGAUCACACUAACACAGCUUCCGCUAUCUAAUAGGGCUCUUGUUUCUGCAUUUGCUAUUGUUAGGUUGACUUCAUUUGAGUCACCUACUAAGGUAGGGUCUUUUUUUGAAGCACCACCAUUCGACCCUUUCAUAGUGGCACAUGUUAAUUUGGGCAGAGUCUUGCAAUAUGGCCCUUAUGGCCGCAAUUAAAACAUUUAGGCAAGAAAUUGUGGCUGCCUUGUGGACGUUGUGGUUUGUAAGACCUGCUCCGCUGACUGCCUUGUCCUCUACCAGAGGUUUUACUGAAGCACCUUCUUUGACUCCUACUUAAGUCUCUACCUGUGUACGCUGAUGAGUUAUGUUCAUGUUUUUCUUUUUCUAACCUCUAAAUUCUUUCAUUAAGUUUUAUCAAUAGAUCUUUCAUUUCAGAUAAUUUUGAUUUCUUUGGAUCUACAUUCAUUUCAUGACACUUUUUUUGGCUCAAAGCUUUUAAUUUCUGCUUCCAUGAUUCGUACUUCCAGUUUAAAUUUAUCAUAAUCAUAAACUGUAUCAAAUUUAUACCCCUGCCAUUUGUUUAAGUUCUUUCUUCAAACCUUUACAUAACACUCUUUUUAAAAUCUCAGUGUUGUCUUUACUACAUCCUCCUUGCUUGAUAUUAAUUUAUAUAAGUCCUCUAAUCUCACGCAAUAUGUGGAUAUGUCCUCGCUUGCUUUCUGUUCUAUUGAGUAGAAUCUCUGCAAUAGAGAUUCAACAGUUUCGAUGCAACCAAACUCCUGUUCGAGUUUAUGAACAGCAACAUCCAAUGUCAAACCCACACCUGGUCUUCGUAGAUGGUCGCUAGCCUUUCCUCUCAAUUAAGGCUCGUCUAAGUCUGUACAGGAUUUAAUCUUGGCUGAAAAUGCCGUCUCUGCUUGGGGACUUGUAAAGGCAAAUGGUCUCUUGUUGUACUUCUAUGGUUAUAACCUAGUUAACAGUUGAUGUUCACGCAUAUUAUUGCUUUCAAAUAUUUAUUUUUAUAAUAUAAUCAAGAAGGAAUAAAUAUAUGUUGUUUUUUGUGAAAUCCUUUUUUGUUUGUUAUUUUUUUUUUAUAAGAUUUUUCACCAUCUUUCUGCAUGUUUAAUAUGCUGAUCAGGAAAGAUUUUCUUGUAUUUUUAACAAUAAACUUCAUGUGUAUUAUAAA